UCUUUACCGACGUCAAACAAAAACCACCCCCCGGAAUCGUGUUUUGUUCUGAACCGGGUGGUUACAUCAGAAUCGCUACUUAUAUGUUCCAAAAAGUGAUUCCAGCCUAGGAUCCAAUCACCAUGUCCGCGAAUCCGGACCCCUCAAAGGAACCGAAAACCCCGCCGCAGUCUCCCAACAACACUACAACUCCUCCCAUCCCGAAUGCCGUGAUCGAUCGAUCGGACCAAGGCACCGGGGAAGAUGGCGCUAAACAGUGGGGCUACGAUCUGUAUCCGGAGCGACGCGGUGAAAAGUACCAACCCAGCUGGGGCCGGGUCUUGCUCGGUAUCGAGGGUCAGGAAAAUCUGGACAAAAUCAAAUGCGAGCGGAAUGUUUACUCCUGCGUGAAGAACAGCCCCAUGGUUAAGUUGAUGAUGGGCGCUCUCAAAAGUUCUGGGUGCGCCAUCGACAUCCGACGACACAUCGCCUGUGAGGUGUGCGACGUGUCCGUGAGUGGUGGCUACGAUCCGGUGCUAAAUCAAGUAGUUGUCUGUCAGAACAUUGCCCGUAACGAGGGCAUCGUUCAGGGAGUUCUGACGCACGAAAUGAUCCACAUGUUCGAUUAUUGCCGCAAUGAUUUGGAUUUCAAAAACAUAGACCAUCUGGCUUGCACGGAAAUUAGGGCGGCCAAUCUCACCCAUUGUUCGUUCAUGAGUGCCUGGACCCAAGGCGAUGCUUCGCCGUUCAAAAUCAAGGAAGCUCAUCAGGAUUGCGUGAAAACCAAAGCCCUCAAUUCGGUGCUAGCGGUCCGGAAGGUUACUCCAGAGGAAGCCAUUGCGGCGGUUGAGCGAGUUUUCCCCAAGUGCUACAACGACCUGGAACCGAUCGGACGACGGAUACGAAGAAAUUCCAAAGACAUGUACAAAGCCUACAUGGAAGGGCCCAUGUAUGGAUACGAUGUUGACUAACAUCUUAUUUGGAACUUAGGAUAGUAGAAAGCUUGCUAUUAUAAUAAUUAUGACUCCCCUUA